AUGUUGAUUGAGCUCAUAGUGCAGCCCUUGCAGCACUUGACUGGCCUUCGCUCUGUGUCACUUUUCCUUGCAGAGGCGUAUGGCAGCAGCAGCUGGCGGCGGACUGGAGCAGCACCAGCGGAUGGCACUGAGCAGCUGGUGGCACACAGCAGUGACGGAAGCGCCAUCCCUUGGCGGCAGCACCAGCUCUUGGCGACUUGCACCAUCACCUGGCGGCCAGCUGCACCACCUGACGGCAGCAUGUGCUGGCGCACGGGAGCAGCUGCAGCCGGGGAGCAGCUGCAGCCGGCGGACAGCAACAGCUGGCAGCCUGCACCAGCACCAGCUACACCUGGCAGCACACAGCAGCGACGGCACAGCUGCCGUUCUGCACGGCCUGCAGCAGCUGCUCCAUGGUACACUUGUAGCAACGGCUGCCUGCGGACAGCAGCAGCUGAAGCACUUCAUCAAGUGCUGACCGAUUGCAGCAGCGGCUCCUGGCGCACGACAGCAGCAUCAGUGACCUUUGUCUUGUUCAACCAACCCCCACUCCCCCUCUCACUCGUGUGUAUGCGCGCUAGCUUGCUCAUGGCUGCAAACACACGAGUGAGGUACGUGGAGUUAAGUGGCGUCCGGUUGUGCAGCACACCUCGAGUAGCUCGCGCGUGUGAUGUCAUGUCCUUUGGCGAGUUUGGGCUGGUCCUUGGGCAUGUCUUCGCCGUCCUUGGAUGUCAUGCAAAUCAUCCGCCGCAGCACUUCCGUUUCCUUUGGCUGCACCGACCAAAGCAGCCGCAUCAUGUCCAGGCAUGGUUGGACUUCAAUCCAGGAUCCACUCCCAUUAGUGGACGAGGCGCGCGAGGAGGUAUGAUGCUGUCACCAAGGUGCUCAUACUGA